CAAUAUUUUCUGGAAGGGACAAAACCGCAUUUCAUUCAACGUGCCUUAAUAUCAACAAGUCCCAAUCUGAAAUACUAGGUUGAAGGCUCAUUAUUGUUAGAUUUGUUGUUGUUGUGGUUGCAAAGCUCAUUGAAUGAAUGACUGCGUAUGGAGACUUGAGCCAUUUUCUCCCGCUCCUGUUUGAAGCUGUCUUGUAGCUCGUGGGACACUCUUGCGGCUGUCCCAAGUCCCAAUGGCAGCUGUGCUGCUUCACUGACAAAACGUUCAAUUUGUGCAUUUUCUCGGCGAGGCCAACGAAAGCGGACAUGCGGAUAAAAGCAGCUUGGAAAAGGGAUGGCGGAAGACUGGAAGAAGGUGAGCCACGCCCAUUUGAUCCUUUCUUCAGGGGUCCUGUCCAUCAAAGAAGCUACACCGAUGUGUUCUGCUGUUGGAUCUUUCUCCUUGCCGUUCUUUCAUACGGUGCCCUUGGAAUAGUGGCCCGGUUCCACGGUGACCCCAGGAAGGUGCUCCUUCCAACAAAUAGUUACGGAGAAUUUUGUGGUCAGAAGGGAACCGCAAAUGCGAAGAAGCCCGUUCUCUUCUAUUUCAACAUCUUGAAAUGUGCCAACCCUUCUCUUCUCAUCAACCUGCGGUGCCCAACAACUCAGAUGUGCGUGUCACGGUGCCCAGACAAAUUUGCCACUUAUACCGAGAUGCAACGGGAGCACAAAGCGCGCAACGGUUCCUGGCAGUAUUACAGCCAGUUCUGCAAACCUGGUUUUAAUAACCCUGACAAGCCGCUAUCGGAGGUUCUGCGAGACGAGGAUUGUCCCUCGGUGAUUGUGCCAAGUAGACCAUUUCUCCAACGAUGUCUACCAGAUGUGAUCGCUCGUAACGGGACGGCGACGGUGGCCAAUAAGACGAGGUUCCAAGAUGCUCUUGAAACGGCGCGCAGUGUCACCGAGCUCCAAGAUGCCGCCGAAGGCAUCAGAGGACUCGCCGAGCCUCGGCAGCUGGCCUUGAAGAUCGUGGAAGACUACGCCAAGUCUUGGCCGUGGAUUGUUGGAGGUCUAGCGGUGUCCUUGUUGUUUAGCCUGGCCUUUAUCGUACUGCUGAGAUUCACAGCCGGGCUGAUGUUGUGGGCAACCGUCAUCACUGUCACGCUCCUCCUCGCACAUGGUCUGUGGCACUGCUCGGUGGCCCUCGCCGCACUGGGACACAAUCGAGGUUCUGACGUCUCCAUUGCGCAAGUUGGACUGCAGACGGAUCUCGGAGUCUAUCUGCAGCUCAGAGAAACUUGGAUCAUUUUAUUGGUGGCGCUCGGAGUGACGGAGGUUUCCAUCUUGUUGAUCCUUGUCAUCAUGAGGAGGAGGGUCAAGUUGGCCAUUGCCCUGCUUAGAGAGGCCAGCAAAGCCGUCGGCCACGUCAUGUCAACCCUCUUUUACCCGCUCGUCACGUUUCUUUUGCUGACUGUUUGUAUUUCCUACUGGGCGGUGACCGCUGUUUACUUGGCAUCCUCGGGUGACGCCGUCUAUAAGGUGGUGUGCCCUGAUGGAAGCUGUCCGCAUAACAACAGCACUUGCAACCCGCAGACUUUCAACAGAAGCGACAUCUCCAAAGAAAAGGCGUGCGCUGGUUCUCAGUGCCUGUUUGCAUUUUACGGCGGGGAGACGGCCUACCACCGUUACAUCUUCCCGCUCCAGAUGGCCAACUUGCUGAUUUUUCUAUGGCUGGUCAACUUCGGCUCGGCCCUGGAACAAUGCACGCUCGCCGGGACGUUUUCCAGCUACUACUGGGCCAAGAGGAAGCCUGAGGACAUCCCUCCUUGCCCGCUCUUGUCGUCCUUCGGCAGGGCGCUCAGGUAUCACACGGGCUCUUUGGCCUUUGGGGCUCUCGUUCUCUCGGUUGCCCGUCUUUUUCGGAUGACGCUGAAAUACUUGGAGAAGAAACUAAAAGGGGUUGACGGCGGCCCUUGCAGAUUUAUCCUGUGCUGCCUCACAUGCUGUUUCUGGUGUUUGGAAAAAUUCAUUCGCUACCUGAACCAAAACGCUUACAUCAUGGUGGCAAUCGAUGGCAAGAACUUCUUGAGGUCGGCUCAAGAGGCAUUCUUCCUUCUCAUGAGGAACGUGGUCAGGGUUGCAGUUGUGGACAGAGUAACUGAUUUUCUGUUGUUUUUGGGAAAGGUAAUGAUAGCAGGAGGAGUCGGUGUGUUAACGUUGCUUUCGCUCACCAAGAAGAUUGCUCUUUUCCAGGAGGAAGUCCCCCAUCUCCACUACUAUGAGGUUCCUGUCAUGACAACCGUGCUGGGCGCCUACCUGAUCGCCGAUGGUUUCUUCGGUGUUUACGCCAUGUGCGUCAACACGUUUUUCCUCUGCUUCUGUGACGACUUGGAGCGAAACGACGGAAGCCCAGAAAAACCUUACCUCAUGUCACCGGAGUUGCACAGGAUUCUGGGGAAAGCCUCGCGCUCACGUUGAAGCCAAUCCUUGCGGCAGGAACUGCGGAAGGAAGAAGAGACUUUUUUUCCAGGGUGGGCCGUGCAGUUUCAUAACUUGACGUAUCACGUUGGGCCGGAUUGGACAAACGACACGGGAACCAUUUGUCGGAUUCUCUUCACGCUUCUGGCUCGGAGGCAGUCACAAGCAGAAGGACCUUGGAAUCGUCACUUCUGUUCAACUCGAGAGGAAUUACCUUGACUGCCUUUUGGAAGCGGCUUUCAUCUCUUCCAAAGUCUGGUAUAAUAUGAACGUGAAUGUGCGAUGGGUUGUUUUCAGACCAGUAGAAGUCGAGCGAUGCAGAGAGGUCCUGGGUGGUCGAAAAGAUCCCCCCGCCCCCUGUUCUGCAACUUCAAGUCAAUGCGCGACCUGGCGGUGAAAUGCCUGUCAUUACAAGUCCAAUUGAAAUGAAUGCAAUCAUUCACAUCGAACCUUAAUUGUGGACCAACCUUCGGCGGGCCGGAUUAAAAAGACCAAAAGGUCGGAUUCGGCCCGCGGGCCGUAGUUUGCACACCUCUGCACUACAC